GUCGCAGCCCAUUAGCCCCGCCUCCUGCUGGAGCCUUAAAAAUAGCGAGAUGUAACGUACCAUUAUACUAACAGUCAGAUUUACACUCGUAACCUUCAAAAAACACAUUUAAUGUGCAGUCUCUGUGCGCAGUAAUUUAUUAAACUCGGAGCAGUCGGGCCUGCUUGAAAAUGCUCCAGAGGCUCGCUAGGUUGUCGUGGCGGCGGUCCGCUGCUGCUGCUCCUCUCGCUGUGGCGCUACGGUGCGCCUCCUCGGGCUCGGUGGACAUCACGGUGCCGCUGAACUUCUGGGCUGGGAAGAGAAGGAGAGGCCCGGAGAAAUGCAACACGGAAGAUGUUUACGAACCUGCAACGGGGCGCAUCUUGUGCCAUUUGGAGCCGUGUGGCCCUGUGGAGGUUGAUCAGGCUGUGAAGGCUGCCAAGUCAGCCUUUGGCCAUUGGAGCAAAAUGUCGGGGAUGGAGAGGGCGAGGACCAUGAUAGAAGCUGCCCAUAUCAUUGAGAGCAGGAGAGAGGAGAUAGCUGAGAUGGAGGUGGUCAACAAUGGGAAGUCCAUCACAGAGGCCCGUCUGGAUGUGGACUCUGCCAGACUGUGCAUAGAGUACUACGCAGGACUGGCCAGCACUCUGGCAGGCCAGCAUGUCCAGCUGCCUGGGGGAUCGUUUGCCUACACCCGCAGAGAGCCUCUGGGAGUCUGUGUCGGUAUCGGUGCUUGGAAUUAUCCCUUCCAGAUAGCCGCCUGGAAGUCAGCUCCGGCCCUGGCCUGUGGAAACUCCAUGGUGUUUAAGCCAUCACCAGUGACUCCUGUGACAGCAGUCAUGCUGGCAGAGAUCUACGCGAAGGCCGGAGCUCCAGAGGGUCUGCUCAACGUGGUGCAGGGCGGCCAGGAGACCGGCAGCUUACUGUGUCACCAUCCUGAUGUGGCCAAGUUGUCCUUCACUGGGAGUGUGCCCACAGGACAGAAGAUUAUGGAGAUGGCAUCUAAGGGGGUGAAACCGGUGACUUUGGAGCUUGGGGGGAAAUCUCCUCUGCUCAUCUUCCAGGACAGUGAUCUGGAGAACGCUGUAAGGGGAGCUCUCAUGGCCAACUUUCUGUCUCAAGGCCAGGUUUGCAGCAAUGGUACAAGGGUCUUUGUUCAGAGGGACAUUCUACCUGAGUUUGUGGAGGAGGUGGUGAAGAGGACCCAGGCGAUUGAAAUAGGAGACCCUCUGCUGGAGAGCACCAGAAUGGGGGCACUGGUCAGCCGUUCACAUCUAGAUAAAGUCUUAUCCUUUGUUGAUCAAGCAAAAAAAGAGGGAGCAACAGUGAUGUGUGGGGGAGAACCUUUUGUCCCGUCAGAUCCCAAACUCAGAGGUGGAUACUACAUGACGCCAUGUGUAUUGAGUAACUGCACAGAUGAGAUGACUUGUGUGAAGGAGGAGAUCUUUGGUCCAGUCAUGUCUGUGUUGUCCUUCGAAACAGAAGAGGAGGUGCUGCAGAGAGCCAACGACACCACAUUGGGUCUGGCUGCAGGUGUUUUCACCAGGGAUGUGAGACGAGCCCAUCGCGUGGUUGAACACCUCAAGGCUGGCUCUUGUUUCAUCAACAACUACAACAUCACUCCUGUAGAAGUGCCCUUUGGAGGCUUCAAAAUGUCAGGCAUAGGGCGGGAGAAUGGCCAGGUAACGAUUGAAUACUACACCCAGCUGAAGACUGUGUUUGUGGAGAUGGGAGAUGUGGACAGCCUGUUCUAGACCACACAGCCAGAGGAAGCUGCAGCUGUGUAACACUGAGCCAGAGACUCAACCAGGAGGUCCAAACAUCUCUUCCAUCACUCAGGGAAAAAAACAUCAAGUGAUUGUGCAAUUGUAUGUAACACAAUGUUAAGGGAAGCUGAGGCUGCAGUAUCGUAGCAGAAUAAUGACAAGAUUGCAGGUGAAAAUGCAGAAAAUUAAAAAUAAGUACUGUUGUCUGAGCCAAUCUGAUCUAAUUGAAGAUUUUAGUUUAGCUUCAAUUGAUUUCAGAUAAUUCAAUUAAAAUGAAAUUUAUAUUGUGCCUCAUGACUUGCAAUCAGCAGGUUGGUCUUAUCAGUGUUUAUCAUUUGUUUAGAGAAUACAAUUUCAACUGUAUUUUACGUAUUUGUACGACCAAUGUUUACAGUCAAACUUUAUUUUUUGAACUACAUAAAUCAGUCUUUUUUGUACACAUACAAUAGUAAAAAAUGAAACACUUUAAAGCAUUGAAUUGAUUAAAUUAAUCUUGAAUGUACGCUUUUUGUACCAUGCCAUUUACAUUCAGAACUGUGAAUGCAACAUCCUGCCUUGAGGUUAGGGUGAACUAUCAAAGGAACCCAUCUAACACAUUUGGGAAUCACAUAAAUCUUAUCAUAACAUAAACAGUGUUUGUGAAUAUAACAAAAUGAAGAAGUUGCUCAUA